AUGUUGACAACUUUUGACACUCUUUUCAUUUUGGUAAUCAUUUUAAUUUUACUUUAUUUUUAUUUAACUUGGAAUUACAAAUAUUGGAAAAAUCAUGGGAUUGCUUAUGAAAAGCCAAAUUUGUUUUUUGGAAAUUUAACAGAUGCUUUCCUUGGUAAAAAAACAUUUGGAGACAUUUUUACAAAUAUAUACUGGAAUCAUCCAGAUCAAAAAGUUGUUGGCUGGUAUAAGUUGAGACAACCUGGAAUAUUGAUCAGAGAUCCAAAUUUAGUCAAGAAAGUUUUAAUAAAUGAUUUCUAUUCUUUUAGAAAUAAUGAUUUUCAUUUAGAUGAAGAUAUUGAUCCUGUUUUAGGAAAAAAUAUUUUUGUACUAAAAGAUGAUAAAUGGAAGAGACACAGAGCUUUGAUGACUCCUGCAUUCACAGCUGGAAAAAUUAAAGCAAUGUUUUUAAUUAUGGUAGAAGUUGCAAAAGAAUUGGUAGAAUUUUUAAAAGAACAUCCAGAAGAAAUCCAUGUAAAACAAGUUAUGUCAAGGUACACAGCUGAAAUCGUAGCUCGUUGUGCUUUAGGUAUAGAUGGUAGGAAUUUUAAAGAAAACGUUCCUGAAAUGCACGAAAUGGGAAAAUUAUUUUUUGAACCUGAUUUGGCAAGAAAUUUAAAAUUGAUGGCAUUAUUCUUUUUGCCAAGAGUAGGCAGAUUGUUGCGUUUGAGAAUGAUGACGAUAAAAGCAAAAAAUUUUUUCGAUUCAAUUUUACACGACGUUAUAAAAUAUCGUCAAGAAAAAAAAAUUGAUAGAAAUGAUUUAAUUCAAUAUUUAAUUGAAGUUAAAAGAAAAUCUUUAAUUGUGUCGAAGGGAGAAGUUGAGAGCGACAUCAUAACCAAAACUUAUACCGAUGAGGACAUACUUGCGGGAUGUGCAACAUUUUUCAUGGAAGGUUACGAAACUUCAGCUCUCACCUUAAACAACAUACUUUAUUAUUUGGCAAAAAAUAAAAAUGUACAAGAUACUCUACGACAGGAAAUAGAUUCGGUAUUGAAUGAAGGAAAUAUAACAUUUGAAACGUUAAACGCAAUGCCAUACUUAAACAGCGUCUUUUUAGAAACUGGAAGAAUGUUACCAGUCAUGUACACUUUUCAAAAAUUAUGCACGGAAAAUUAUGAAAUGGAUAUUGGAGAAUCAAAACCUUUGUUAAUUGAAAAGGGUACACCGGUGGUACUUCCGAUAUUUGCCAUUCAAAACGAUUCGACUUAUUGGGAAAAUCCACACAUAUUCAAUCCCGAUAGAUUUUUAAAUAAUGAAAAUACAGAUAGAAAAUCCACGAAUAAUUUUUUUCAAUUUGGUGACGGACCUCGAAUGUGUCCAGGAAUGAGAAUAGCAUCAACAAUAGUUAAACUUGCCAUUUUUCACAUUUGUGCAAAUUUGGAAGUUUUCCCGACGAGUAAAACUCCAGACAAAUUUGAAUUCGAUCCGACUUAUUUUAUGAUAGGACACAAAGGAGGAAUUUAUUUAAGAUUUGCAGAAAGAAGCAAUUAG